CUCUCUCAUCUAGUUUCCAAGAUGGCGCCUCCGUGUUGGCUGUUUGUGGUCGUACGUUCCCGAAAAUAUUAAACCAUGGCCACCGUAACCUGGCAGCUUCGAUGUCAAAACGGGCAGUAUCACAGGUACCACUGGGUUUUGUCGGCCUUGGCAACAUGGGAAAGAACAUGGCACGCAACCUUCUCUCUAAGGGCCACCGGCUAGUUGUGUACGACGUCUACCCAGAAGCUAUGGAAGCUAUGGCUAGUCAGGGAGCCAUUACUGCUCAGAGUCCGGCCGAACUGGGUGAACAGUGUGACCGCAUCAUCACUAUGCUUCCCUCAAGUCCUCAUGUGAGAGAAGUGUACUCUGGCAAGAAAGGAAUCCUGUCGACAGUGAAAACCGGUUCUCUCCUAAUAGACAGUAGCACCAUUGAUCCCUCCGUCUCCCAGGAGAUGGCGAAAUUGGCUGAAGCAAAAGGAGCCUUGUUUAUCGAUGCCCCCGUAUCUGGAGGGGUAGCUGCAGCGGAGGCAGGAACGCUGACAUUUAUGGUUGGAGGCAACGAGUCCGAAGUCAGCGCUGUGCAAGAGAUUCUGCUCUGCAUGGGCAAGAAUGUCAUCUACUGUGGCGGAAUCGGCUGUGGCGAGGCUGCGAAAAUCUGCAACAACAUGAUGCUGGCCAUAUCGAUGAUUGGGACGUCUGAAACGAUGCUCCUGGGAAAGAAGCUCGGGCUGGACCCUAAAGUCCUCAAUCAGAUUCUCAACGUAAGCUCUGGGAAAACGUGGCCUAGCGAAGUCUACAGCCCAGUCCCAGGAUUGAUGCCCAAUGCUCCUGCCAGCAACAAUUACGAGGGUGGAUUUGGAUCUGCGCUGAUGACAAAGGACCUUGGUUUGGCGCAAAAUGCUGCAACACAGACUGGUUCCCCAACUCCGCUGGGAUCACUGGCUCAUCAGAUCUUCAGACUAGCCCUCAGUCACGGCCUUGGAAAGAAAGACUUUUCAGUGAUCUACCAGCUUUUACAAGGAAAAGUGAUUAAGUAAAAGUGCAAAUUGCUCACACAGACUGACGAGCAUUCCAGCACAGUUGCCUGUAACGGCAUCUGUUGCCAAAGUGGCUGCAUAGUGUCAAAAUAAAGUGUUGUCUACUACAUUCGCUGUUGAAAAACGUGUGCGAGAGCGAAAAGUGUGAUGUCAUUCAUGUUCAAUGCUGAAAUGGAGGAACCCUGCAACACCUUUCCCGAGUUAUCAUAGAAUGACCUCAGUAUCAGUGCUGCGUCAUGAAUCUCCAGACUGCAGAUGAGCAGCUACCGUAUCAUCUCGCCUAUAACCUUCACCCUCAGCUUUCAAAUUGGCAUAAACGACAAGCUACAAACGGCAUAACAAUAGAAACCAAUGAAAAAUAUCCCCCCAUAGUGCCAUGAAGCUGCCUUCCUUGCAUCACCGUGAAGCCAACAUGAGCACCGAAAGUCGCGUAUACACUGCUCCCCGAUUUUAGCUAUGCAUUUUCUGUAUAUUUUGUGCAGGUUAUGCGCAAGAAAAUGCGACAUUUCUGGCUCUGCUGAAAAUUUUUGCAGAACCCCUUUAAAUUUCAGACAACAGCAGCUUAGUGAGGCUAGGCUCUCAGAGUAGCUGUUGCAAUUGCAAUUACAUUUUAAGUGAACUGUGCCAAUACACAUUGCAUAUUGUUAUCAAAAAGGAGUACGCUUGCAUACUUUGCUUUUCAUGAUAAUUCCUAAUAGCACAUCUGCUGACUAAAAAACACACAGCCAAAGCCAAAACCAUGUGCCAAAAGAGGGCUCUGUCAGUCGAAGAAAAGGCGAGAAAGCAGCCCGAAGAGACUAGACGCUGCGGUUCUCCAUGCCAAGACGGUAACAAAGACGAUGACUAUGUGUUAAUUGUUUCUAUAGUUUUUCAGAACACAGCACUGGACUUUGCCCGGCUCUAUUUGAGAUUCAAGGAAGAGGAAUGUAUUGAUGGCUGACAUGCGAUGCCUCUGCUGCACUGCCGAAAGAGCAAGUUUGAACACCCAUGGAGGGUGGCGUGUUUUCUAUAUGUGCAGCACAAGACAUACAGGAGCUCUGAAACAACCUCUAUUUGGCGAUACAACCAACUUCCAAGCCUCCGCCACAAGGUCUUAUGAUUCAGAGGUCCUCUUGCAGACCUUUCGAGCCUCUGUGAAAACAAGUGGUUAUUAAGGGGAGCAACAGACUGAAGUAGCCAAAUAACUUUCAUCUGAGAUGUCUCAGAAAUGCAAGAGCAUGGACUGUGGAAUACCACACUUCGAAUCUCGGUACAUUCGCCAAGCACCAGAACCAAGAAGAAGUGCGGUUUUAAUUGAAAGUGCAUGCAGUACAGCGGCCAAGAAGUCAUUAUUCAAGCAGUCUACUGGUGCCAUACAUCUGGGAUACAGUCACCAAAGUAGGGAGCUUGAGUGCUGCUCAGCACUGAAGCCGCAAUCCUGUAAACGAAAACCCUAUAUGCAAAUUGCCUCAUGUCAAGCUGUCCAGCACCACCAGAAAGCAUACCCCGGUGGCACGGUCCACCUUGGCUGUGCGAAGACUGCGAGAAAUGGCUUUGUGCUACAGACAAAGUAGCUUCCAUGACCUAAGAACAAGAGGAUAGAGAUAGAAUUAUUGGCGGAACUCAUGCAAGAAUCUGUUGUUUAGCACAGACCUAUAUCCUGCUGCUACUUGGAGGUCGUGGGAUCGAAUUCCAGCCAUGGCAGCCGCAAUUCGAUGGAGGUGAAAUGCUUAGGGCCGUCUAAUUAGAUUUAGGUGCACGUUAAAAAACACCAGAUGCUCAAAAUUUCCGUAGCCCUCCACUACAGCAUCUCUCAUAAUCAUAUUCUGGUUUUGGGACAUGAAACCCCAAUAAUUAUUAUCCUGCUGCGGUUUGUUUGUUUUUCAUUGUUUUUAUCUUUGCAUGAAUGGCUGUGUAAGAGUUAGUCUUGCUUUGUGUGGAUUUCUUCAUUACGUGGGUGUUGUAACGAUAUAUACCAUACUUUCUGUGCGUUCUAUUUGUGUACUCAGUUCUACCCCUGUAAUAAUCGCAGCAAGGGAUUCCAAAAUAAAUGAAA